GAGUGAUGAAUGCAGGUCAAUUGCCCUGCUGUGGUGGCUGCGAGGGACCAAUGCCCAUUGUUGGAGCUUUCUCUCUCUUCUCUAUGUUAAGAAUAAUGGCCAAUAGGAAUCGAGAGCUUACUGUUUGCACUGUUUUCACUGCUUUGUACUGAUGAGCUCUUUUACUCCUCCACAAUCCUAUGAGUGAACGUCCUGGGAGGAGCCCCAGGACACAACCCGGACCGCAGGACCAAGAUGAUAUCAAUACACAGUCUUUCGGAGCUGGAACGUCUGAAGCUGCAAGAGACUGCUUACCACGAACUAGUGGCCAGACAUUUCCUCUCUGAAUUCAAACCUGAUAGAGCUCUACCUAUUGACCGUCCAAACACCUUGGAGAAGUGGUUUCUGAUUCUGAGAGGACAACAGAGGGUCAUAUCACUGAAGACAUUUGGCAUUCGUCUGGAGGAGGUGUUGGUGAAUGAGCUUACCCGCCGCAAGCAUCUUGAACUAAGAGCCGAGAUGCAGAUUGAAGAAUCCACUGGUCAGGCUUCGGGCCGUCGUCGGGGAAACGUGGUGCAAAGGAUGUUUGGCCGCAUUAGGCGCUUUUUCAGUCGCAGACGGGAUGAGCCCUCCUUGCCCCGGGAGUUCACUCGCCGUGGGCGUCGAGGUGCAGUAUCUGUGGAUAGCUUGGCUGAACUGGAGGAUGGGGCCCUGCUGCUGCAGACCUUGCAGCUUUCCAAGAUUUCCUUUCCAAUUGGCCAGCGACUUCUUGGAUCCAAAAGGAAAAUGAGCCUCAACCCAAUUGCUAAACAAAUCCCCCAAGUUGUUGAGGUUUGCUGCAACUUCAUUGAGAAACAUGGCUUAAGCACAGUGGGGAUUUUCACCCUGGAAUAUUCUGAGGAGAGAGUGCGUGAGCUCCGUGAAGAAUUUGAUCAAGGUUUGGAUAUAGUGCUGGAUGACACUCAGAAUGUGCAUGAUGUGGCUGCGCUUCUCAAGGAGUUUUUCCGUGACAUGAAGGACUCUCUGCUGCCAGAUGAUCUGUACAUGUCCUUCCUCUUGACAGCAACUCUGAAGCCGCAGGAUCAGCUUUCUGCCCUGCAAUUGCUGGUUUACCUGAUGCCACCUUGCCACAGUGACACUCUGGAGCGUCUGCUGAAGGCUCUGCAUAAAAUCACUGAGAACUGCGAAGAUUCCAUUGGCUUUGAUGGACAGUUGGUUUCAGGCAACCGUAUGACUUCCACCAAUUUAGCCUUGGUGUUUGGAUCUGCCCUUCUGAAGAAGGGGAGAUUUGCCAAAAGGGAGUCCAGGAAAACAAGACUGGGGAUUGACCACUAUGUUGCAUCUGUCAAUGUGGUCCGUGCCAUGAUUGAUAAUUGGGAUAUCCUCUUCCAGGUGCCUCCCCAUAUUCAGAGGCAGGUUGCUAAGCGUGUGUGGAAAUCCAGUCCUGAAGCCCUUGAUUUUAUCAGACGUAGGAAUUUGAGGAAGAUCCAGAGUGCGCGGAUAAAGAUGGAAGAGGAUGCUUUACUUUCUGAUCCAGUAGAAAGCUCUGCUGAAGCCCGGGCUGCUGUCCUUGCUCAAAGCAAGCCUUUUGAUGAAGGUCAGUUCCCUGCUGGAGGUCAGGCCCUUGCUGAAGGUCAGGCCCUUGCUGAAGGUCAGUCCCUUGGUGAAGGUCAGGCCCUUCCUGAAGGCCAGGUCCUUGCUGAAGAUGAGCCCCUUGAGGAAGAUGAGUCCUCUGAGGAAGAUGUGUCAGUCAAUGAAGAGCUAGUAUUUGAAUAUCUCAAUCAAGGAGUAGUCUUUGGGGAAGUCCAAGGUCUCGAGAUCCCAAAUGACCUUGAGAUUCAAGGCCCACAUCUUGAAGGCAUACCAGAGCUUGAUGAAGAAGAUGAUGAUGAUGACGAUGACGAUGAUGAUGAUACCUUGAAUUUUGAUGAUCUUCCUCCCCUUGAGGACAUUCUAGACCCUGAUGAUGAAAUUCCAGAACUCAUUGAAAUCCAAGACUUUGAGGAAAUACCAUACUUUGAUAUGGUCCCAGAUCCUGAAGAAGCCCCACAUGUGCAAGAAAUCCCCAACCCUGGAGAAAACCCAAAUCCUGACCUUGAAGAAGGACCAGAUUUUGAAGACGACCAAAAUCUUGACCUUGCAGAAGUUCCCUAUCUUGAUGUAAUUCCGAACAAUGAAGGAGCCUCAGAUACAGAUGAAGUCCCAGAUAAUGGAGAAGCCCAAGACACUGAUGAAAUCCCAGACCAUGCAGAUGCCUCAGAUAGUGAUGAAAACCCAGAGUCUGAAGAAGACCCCAAUCUUGAAGAGGUCCCAGCUCUUGAAAUCCCAAAUGAUGAAACCUCAAAUGCUGCAGAAAUUCCAGACCACGAAGAAGUCCCAGCAGUCAAUGGGAUUUCAGACUCUGACGAAGACCUUGAUUUUGAAGAAGUCCCAGCUCUUCAUGUGGUCCCAAGCCCUGAAGAAGCCUCAAGUGGUCAUGAAAUCCCAAAUCAUGAAGAAUCCCCAGAAGUUAAUGGACUCUCAGACUCUGAAGAUCUCAAUCUCGAGGAAGUCCCAGCUCUUGAUGAAGUCCCAAAUAAUGAAGAAACCUCAGAGACUGAAGAAAUUCCCAAUCAUGAAGAAACUCCAGAGGUCAAUGGAAUUGCAGGCUCUGAAGAAGACUCCAAUCCCGAAGAGGUCCCAGCUCUCCAUGUGAUAACGAGUCCUGAAGAUGUCUCUGAUUUUGAUGAAAUUCAAGACCAGGAAGAAUCCUCAGAUGUGAGUGGAGUUCCAAACAAUGAAGAAGCCUCAGAUGCUGAAGAAAUACCAGGACACGAAGAAGCCUCUGAUGUCACUGGAAUCCAAGACUCUGAAGAAAACCCCAAUCGUGAAAAAAACUCAGUUUUUAAUGUGGUUCCAGAACCAGAGGCUGCUGAAAUUCACAACAAAAUUCCAGAUUCUCAGAAAGACCGCGCCAACACUUUUGAAGAAGAUGAAGUUACCGAUGUGGCUCCAGAGCCUGAAGAGGUCUCCAUUCUCAAUACAAUUCCAGACCCUCAGCCAGACCUGGCCGUCAAUCUUCAAGAAAUCAUGAAUGUGGAAGCAGUCCCAAUGCCUAAUGAUCUUGACUCUAAAGAAGUUCAGAAUCCAAAGGCAAUCCAGUUCCAUAAAGAAGUUGCAGAUGUUACAUUUCUUGUAGAUACCACUCUCCUUAAAAACAAGUCUCAGCCUGGCCGAGUCAUGGACUACAAGUCCUCCCCAGAGUCAUUGAGGACCGACACCUGCUUUCUCUCCUACAUGAAGUGCUGUUCCUCUGAGGAGCCAGCUGUGCCUCCCGGCACUGCCCGUUCCCAUGACGAUGAGGAAGGAGCGGGUAACCCCCCAAUUCUGGAGCAAGACCGCCCAUUGCUCCGUGUGCCCCGGGAGAAGGAGGCCAAAACUGGCAUCGGCUACUUCUUUCCUUAGGUGUUUUUCCUUCUAUAAGGUGCCGGACAGGGGAAAAGGGUGGGGGUAGACCUGAGAUGUCACAGGAAACAUUAAGAAGAGUCUUACAGGUAAAGAUCUGAGGGUGAGAAGGAGUUCCACCUGAUGCUCGGGUCAGGCUGAGAAUUCCAAACACACAGCCAGCCCCUUCACUGGGGAUACUUGGUUCCUUCAGUUGGUAAAAGCAGAGAUGUUUCUGUGUCAUGCCCAGGCUCCCUGGUGCUACCUUGCCUUUCUCUUUUACCCCUGAUCCUGGCUUUCCCUCACUACUGCUCUUUCUUUAAUUGAUGUGACAUUUGUGGUAAACACCUGUCCCAGAGAAGCUCACAAAUCUCGAGGUGCUUUCCCUCCCCCACAGGGGAUUGCAUGUUUUUCCUGACUUUCCUACCCUCCUCCCGAGAGCUUAAUUGGAAAGGCCCUCAAGAGGCAUGCUAGAACGUUAGUUCAGCCUACUGACAGCUGACAAUUAAUGCUAACCCAUGUCAAACCAACCCAUAGCCAUGUCCCUGCAGCAACCCCACCACCUCAGGAUAUUUUUUUCCCAAAUUAUUCAGGCCACUGGCAUGUCAAACAGCCCCUCCCAAAAUUCUGUGCAGUUUUGUUCAGGCCAUGCCAACAGAAACAUCUCAAGUGUAAGCCUAACUAGCUUUUCUAGGAUCAAAAUUUAGAGGAAAAAUUUGAUUUUAUUACCUGGAUCUGUUUUACAGACAGCUGGUGUUCACACCCCCUUGUCAGUGAAACAGUUAGUUAGGUACGGACACAUAGUUCCAAGUAGUUAAAGUCACCUGAUUACAAAUGUUCUUAUCUAUUGUCUCUGUAGUUCCUCUAUGCAGGACGGUACAAAUUUGCGGGACAUGCUCUGGUAACACAGAUAUGGGUUACGUAUGACAUCCAAAACUGUAGCUGAUAUUGAUGGGUAACAACUGCUAAGGUCCAUAGAAUGAAGAACGUAUUGUAUUGAGGGAUAGAAAUUGAUCACACAAUGGGUAACAACCGCAGAACUCGAAGAUUUGUGAUUGUUAAAACUUCUCUGGCAUUUAAUCAUUAAUAAACAUCUGUAUUGUGACAGCAGCAUA